AUGGUUAAAAGUUAUCUUAGGCACGGCCCAACCCAGGCCUUUGGAUUGGUCUGCAGUGCAAGCUCAAACUCGGUUUUCGACGGGAGGAACGCAUAUGUACCCGCUCUCGAGGAUGUACUCGUUUGGGAUGUCAAAAAGGGGGAAAUGAUGGCAAUGUGGCACGAAACAGGGCACCGAGCGGAGGUCACUUGCAUUGUCAGGUCGCCUCAACGAGAUUUUUUCGCGGUCGGAUAUGCGGACGGCUCUAUUCGACUUUGGAACAGCAUCUCCACAGCCGUCGUCACAGUAUUCAACGGACACAAGAAGGCUGUGACAGCCCUGGCAUUCGACGAGCAAGGUGUUAGAUUGGCUUCCGGGUCACAGGACACAGAUUUGAUCGUAUGGGAUGUUGUUGCAGAAGCUGGCCUCUACCGGCUGCGCGGUCACCGAGACCAGAUCACGGCCAUUCGAUUCUUGUCCAUCUCCGACCCCCAACAACCUUCAUCCUCUACCACGGGAGCCCCAGGACUGCUCCUCACAUCUUCAAAAGACACCUUCAUAAAGCUCUGGGACCUCGCAACGCACCAUUGUAUCCAGACAGUCGUCGCUCACAGAUCUGAAGUCUGGACUUUGGAUCUAAACCCUGAGCAAGACCUUAUUUUCUCGGGAAGCUCUGAGGGUGAAGUCAAGGCAUGGAAAAUCGACCGGGAGGCUGCAGCAGGGGGAUUGAAAGAGACAGACUCAGGAGAGAUCGUCAAAAUCAUUCACCCAAUUGCCAAUUUACCUCUCAACUCGACUCAUCGGGUUUCUCAAAUCCAAUUCCACCCAACCCAGCCUUAUGUCGCCCUCCAAUCUCACGAUAGGUCUGUUGAAGUCUUCCGCAUUCGCACCGAGGAGGAAAUCAAAAAGAAGAUCGCACGUCGGCGUAAACGGGCCAAGGAGAAGAAGGAAAAGGAAGGCGGUUCGAAAAAAAACAAGGGCGCGGGCAUGGACGUCGAUGAAGGCGUCAACGACGUUCCUUUCAUCGACAAAUUCACGCCCCAUGUUGUCAUCCGUGCUGGAGGGAAGAUUAGGUCCUUUGACUUUGCGUUGGAGCCCCCAAAUGCAAAGGCUGCCGCCCAGCUCUUCCUAGCCCUCAACACUAACACAUUUGAAGUAUUUAACAUUCCGCCACCUUCCAAAUCAAAAGAGGAGCCACCGGAGGCUACCCGGACCUUCUCCGUCCACCAACCUGGCCAUCGCACCGAUGUUCGCGCUCUCUGCCUCAGUUCUGAUGACCGUAUCCUGGCAUCGGCCUCGAAUGGGUCCCUGAAAAUCUGGAAUUUGAAGACCACCGCUUGCAUCAGAACGAUGGACUGCGGUUAUGCGGUUUGCAGCGUGUUCCUACCUGGCGAUCGACAUGUUGCCGUAGGAACGAAGAGCGGAGAGAUCCUCUUAUUCGACAUCGCAUCUUCCUCUCUCAUCGAAACUAUACAAGCACAUAGCGGAACAGUGUGGUCCUUGCACUUGCGCAAGGACGGCAAGGCCCUCGUUAGCGGCAGUGCUGACAAGGAUGUUAAAUUUUGGGAAUUCGAGGAGAAGGAAAGCUCAGAAAAUAAUGCACAGAGCGGCAAACUACUAUCCCUUGUUCACAUCAGAACGUUGAAGAUGUCCGACGACGUCCUGUCAGUGAGAUACAGCCCUGAUGGAAGGUUCUUGGCAGUCGCACUAUUGGAUUCAACUGUCAAGGUUUUCUACCAAGAUACUUUGAAGUUCUUCCUAUCGCUAUAUGGUCAUAAGCUACCAGUCUUGUCCAUGGAUAUCUCGGAUGACUCUAAGUUGAUUGUCACAUGCUCUGCCGACAAGAACGUCAAAAUCUGGGGUCUUGACUUUGGUGACUGUCACAAGUCGAUCUUCGCCCAUGAAGAUAGUGUGAUGCAGGUCGCAUUUGAAAAGGACUCUCAUUACUUCUGGACGGUCGGUAAAGAUAAAAUGCUGAAGUACUGGGACGGUGACAAGUUUGAAGGCAUCCAGAAGCUCGAGGGACAUCAUGGUGAGGUCUGGGCGCUGGCCGUGAGCCAUUUUGGCAACUUUGUUGUCACUGGUUCAAGCGACAAAUCUAUUCGAGUGUGGGAAAAGUUGGACGAACCGCUGUUCCUCGAGGAGGAGAGGGAGAAAGAAUUGGAGCGACUCUACGAAAAUGGGAUCGCCGAAACCCUUAACGCAGAGAACGCACCCAUCGGCAGUGGUGCCGAGGAUGGCGCCCCAGCGACUUCAGCUGAAGCUGAAGUAGCAGCUGUUACGAAGCAAACGACAGAGACACUGAUGGCUGGGGAGCGCAUAAUGGAGGCUCUUGAUCUGGCAGACAAGGAACGCGAAACCUUCCGCGAGUACGAGGAAGCCAUGUCGAAAUUAUCCGAAGACGACGCAAUGCGCAUGCAGCCCCCUCCUCGGAACCCCGUUCUAGCGGCGUACGAUGUUGAACCCGACGUCUACGUCCUUCAGGUGGUUGAAAAGAUUCCAAGCACUGCUCUUCAUGAUGCUCUACUGGUUCUUCCAUUCGGCAAAGUCAUUUCGCUGAUGGGUUAUUUGAAUCUCUGGGCUCAGAAGAACCGGAAUAUCCCUUUGGUUUCUCGUAUCCUCUUCUUCCUCCUCAAGACUCAUCACAACCAAGUUGCCGCCAACAGAACGAUGCGGACAAUUCUAAUUCCGCUGAGACGUCACCUCCGAGCAGCCCUACAGCGACAGAAGGAUAUCAUUGGGUAUAACUUGGCGGCCCUGAACUACAUUCGGAACAAAAACGAGGCUGAGCGAACUACAGAAUACUACGAAGAGGCUGGGUUGGACGAAGAGAAAGUGAGGGCGAAGAUUGCGGAAGGAAAGAAGAGGAAGAGAGUGGUUGUAGUAACGUAA